GGGAGCUCCAGUUUCUAAAACAAGAUUAUUAUCUCUUUUUUUUUCCACUUUUACACAACAACCAAAAAAAAAAAAUGUCCUUUGCUAGAAAACCCUCUGCUGUUGGUAACGAACGCCAUCAUCCCCACACUCUCUCCACUCUUGAUUUCCAAGGUGCUAGUUCUGCCGCUGCUGCUAAGGCUAUGAAGUCCGAGUUAGCCAAGUUGGGUUCUCAAAUCCAAAAUGAGGAAGAACGCAAGUACUUUUCUCAAGAAAUGGAUGGUUUCUAUAUGCUCUUUACUCGUUACUUGGAUGAGAAGACUAAAGGAAAGAAGUUGGAAUGGGAAAAGAUCCAAACUCCUUCUUCUGAACAAAUUAUUCAUUAUUCUACUAUGCCUGAAGUCACUGAGACUGCUGAUCUUGAAAAGUUGGCUGUUCUCAAGUUAAAUGGUGGUUUAGGUACUACCAUGGGCUGUGUUGGUCCCAAGUCUGCUAUCGAAGUGCGUGACGGUAUGACCUUUUUGGAUUUAAGUGUUCGUCAAAUUGAAUACUUGAACAAAAAGAACGACGUCAGCGUUCCUUUUAUUCUCAUGAACUCCUUCAAUACUGAUGAUGAUACUAAGCGUAUCGUUCAAAAGUAUGCUACUCACAAUGUUGAUAUCAUUACUUUCAAUCAAAGUCGUCAUCCUCGUAUUAACAAGGAGUCCAUGUUACCUGUCCCUCGUUCUCCCGCUUCUCCCAUCGAACAAUGGUAUCCUCCCGGUCAUGGUGAUUUGUAUGAAUCUAUUUACAAUUCUGGUCUUCUUGACCAACUUUUGGCUCAAGGUAAAGAGUAUCUUUUUGUUUCCAACGUUGAUAACUUGGGUGCUACGGUUGAUCUCAACAUUCUCCACCACAUGGUUGAGACAGAAGCUGAAUUCCUCAUGGAAGUCACUGACAAGACAAAGGCUGAUAUUAAGGGUGGUACCCUUGUUGAUGAUGAUGGUCAUAUCAGAUUAUUAGAAAUUGCUCAAGUUCCUGAUGAGCAUGUUGAAGACUUCAAGUCCGUAAAGAAGUUCAAGAUUUUCAACACCAAUAACUUGUGGAUCAAUUUAAAGGCAAUUAAGCGUGUUAUGGAUGAAGAGGCUAUGGAUCUUGAAAUCAUUGUUAAUAAUAAGACCACUCCUCAAGGUGAAAAGGUCAUUCAACUUGAAACUGCUGUUGGUGCUGCCAUCAAGCAUUUCAAGAAUGCUCAUGGUGUAAACGUGCCUCGUACUCGUUUCUUACCCGUAAAGUCUACUUCUGAUCUUUUCCUUGUUACAUCCAACUUGUACUCUCUUAUUCAUGGUCGUCUUAUUGUCAACCCCGAUAGAAUGUUCAGUAACGUACCUCUCGUCAAGUUGGGUGAUCACUUCAAGAAGGUCAAUGAUUUCUUGACUCGCUUUAAGACUAUUCCCAAGAUUUUAGAACUUGAUCAUUUGACUGUUACUGGUGAUGUCUGUUUCGGUUCCAAGGUUGAACUUCGUGGUACCGUUAUUAUUGUCGCCAAUCACGGUGAGCACAUCGAUAUUCCUUCUGGUACCAUUUUGGAAAACAAGGUUGUAACUGGUUGUUUACGUAUCCUCGACCACUAAUUUUUUUUUUUUACUCUCAUUACUACUAUUAUUCCCUCUGCAUUCAAUUGUUUCAAAAUAAAUAAAUAAAAACCCCCCACCAUUUUAUAUAUGU